UUCAGACUAAAAUCCAAACUUUUAAUGCUUUAAAAAGACCAAAAUCUUUUAUUUCAAACGUUUUUUAUGGUUGAUUCCAAUCAGAAGCAGCAAAAUGUAGAUUUAAGCAUGAAUUAAAAUACAGUGGUGAUGGCCUAAUAAACUUAUUUAGCAUAAAAAUGCAAAACUUUUAACAUAAUUGGCAGCUUUUGCUCACUGAAUGUGUUCAUUUAUAACUGCAGUAUAUUAUUUAAUGCCUUAUUUCACUAAUUUGUAACAAACUAUACUUCUGUUAAUGAGUAUUUAAAACCUAACAAUAUGCAAAAACCUGAGGGUCACGACCCCUAUAGUGAAAUCCUCUGAUUUAAGCUGCUGUGGGAGAAGAAAUUAAAGAGCCGGUUAGCGGCUAGAAGAUCCGGCUCUUUCAGGAGCCAAAUGAAGCGGAUCUCGCGGAGAAGCUGGAAUUCCCAGCCGCUGCUGCGUCACGUACGUAGCCAAUCCAGAGGAACCUACGCAGGUUACGUAGAUCCGCAGUACGUGCCGAGGCGCCUGGUGUGUUUAGCAGCUUUGCUCCUCUGUAGUUUCGCGUUUUUCCUCUUUAUUUGAUGUUUUCCGGUUCUGGUUCUGGUUCGGAACCGAGUCGCCGCUUCGCUGCGCUCCGAGCUGCCGAGUUAAACCCGGGGAGCGGCUUCAGUAGGCGGCUCUCGGGCUGCGGAGAGCCCCGCUGCUAGCAGCCUUAGCUGGGUCAACCAGGCUAGCAGCCUUAGCUGGGUCAACCAGGCUAGCGGCUAACUGGUUAACCAGGCUAGCAGGCUAACUGGUCAACCAGGCUAGCAGCCUUAGCUGGGUCAACCAGGCUAGCGGCUAACUGGUCAACCAGGCUAGCGGCUAACUGGUCAACCAGGCUAGCGGCUAACUGGUUCACCAGCCGGUCACCAGCUGCCCUCCUCACCCCGGGCUGGACUCCUGGACCGGCCAUGUCCGCUCACUAACCGCAGCAGCAGCAGCUCCAGAACCCUCGGCUCGGCUCGGUUCGCCAUAAUCCGGCUUCAGGUCCCGGAAUGGCUCGCUGCCCGGCGGUGAACCUGCUGCGGUUCGGGACCAGGAGCGGCUUCCUGCGGCCUCUGCACGCCGCGGCGGGCGGCCGCUCCGCGGAACCGAGAGCCGGGUUCAAACCGGACCGGGUUGCCGUGGUUACCAAAACCACCCGGUAUGAGUUCGAGCAGCAGCGGUACCGGUACGCCGGGCUGUCUGAGGAGGACCUGAAGCAGCUGCUAGCCAUGAAGGGCUCCAGCUACAGCGGCCUGCUGCAGCGCCACAACAUCCACACCAGCAACGUGGAGCACGUCGUCCAGAGCCUGCAGAGCGCCGGCGUCGAGGUGCGGGUUGUGCGGAGAGGGGAGUACGACGAGGAGGUGGUCCGGUGGGCCGACGCCAUCGUCUCGGCUGGAGGUGACGGGACGAUGCUGCUGGUGGCCAGUAAGGUUCUGAACAAGGACAAGCCGGUUGUUGGGGUGAACACCGACCCAGACAGGUCAGAAGGUCACCUGUGUCUGCCGGUGCGCUACACCCACGCCUUCCCAGAGGCCCUGGAGCGGCUCUGCCGUGGUGAGUUCAGGUGGUUGUGGCGCCAGCGGCUCCGGCUGCACCUGGAGGGAACCGGGAUCAACCCGUCUCCAGUGGACCUGCAUGAGCAGCAGCUGAGCCUGGAGCAGCACAACCGGGCCCACCGGAUCAGCACCGUGGACCGGCAGCAGAGAGCCGGAGCGCUGCACCCGGCCUAUUCCAAGCCCAGCCUGCUGCCGGUGCGCAGCCUGAACGAGAUCUUCAUCGGGGAAUCUCUGUCCUCCAGGUACCGGCCCGGCCCGACCCGACCCGACCCGCCGGCCGGCCGCAUGGCGUCGUACUACGAGAUCUCGGUGGACGGCGGGCCCUGGGAGAAGCAGAAGAGCUCCGGGCUCAGCGUGUGCACCGGAACCGGGUCCAAGGCCUGGUCGUAUAACAUCAACAAACUGGCUGGACAGUCUGUGGAGGAGGUUCUGAGAAUCGGAGCGUCUCGGGCCAGAGUUGAACUCCCACUCAGCAGGGAGUUCCUGGAGAGAGUAACCGACGACUACAACGCGUCCCUGGUGUUCGCCCCGGACGAGCCCCGCCUCUUCUACAGCGUCAGGGAGCCAAUCAGCAACCGCGUGUUCUCCAGCAGCCGGCAGAGAGGCUUCGCCACCAAGGUGUGCGUCCGCUCGCGGUGCUGGGACGCCUGCAUGGUGGUGGACGGCGGCACGUCCUUCGAGUUCAACGACGGCGCCAUCGCCACGGUAACCGUGAGCGAGGAGGACCGGCUCCGGACCGUCCUGCUGGACCAGUGAGGCGGGUCGGCGGGCCUGUUGCCAUGGAGACGGGAUCAGGUUCCGACUCGCCAAGCCCAUAAUGAAGUUCUGAUCCAGAGCCGAGCGGAGCUGCUGCACCAUGUGACCGACCAGCUCUGCUCUGAUUGGCUCAAACCAAACGUCCAAUCAGAGGACAGAGAUCUAAAACCCAUAAACAACCUGGACCAGGUGACCCAGUAACCGAGGCAGACAUCCCAUAAUAAACCGCUGCCUCACAGA